ACAGGAGCAUUGUUUGCAUCAAACGUGGUGUGUGUGUGUGUGGGAGGGAGAGAGAGAGAGCGAGGAGAAAAAUUAACUCCCCGACUACCGUGAGCAGACAAAGAGCAUGGGAUGGAUUAGUCCGCCUUGCACCGUGUGUAUGUGAUGCUGGGGGUUUAUUUGCUGUGUCCAGGGGCUGUCAAUGUACCUGCUUUCACCCUGGAGAAGAAUAGGUGUACUCCCAUCUGACAGCUGCUGUGGGCUUUGCAAACCCUCUUCAAAGCCAUGGAAUGCAGUCCAGAUGAGCAGUACAAGUUCUUUGGCUGAUAUUUGUUUUCCACCAUUAUGAGGGUCUACUAGAAUUUUCCAGUAUGUUUGGAAAGAAGAAGAAACGCCUUGAAAUCUCUGCACCUUCUAAUUUUGAACAUCGAGUUCACACUGGAUUUGACCACCAUGAGCAGAAAUUCAUAGGACUUCCUCAGCAAUGGCAAAGCUUGCUUGCAGAUACGGCAAAUAGACCAAAACCUGUGGUUGAUCCAUCAUGUAUCACACCUAUUCAGCUAGCUCCGAUGAAGACUAUAGUCAGAGGAAACAGAGCAUGGAAAGACGCCUCUAUAAAUGGCCUUUUGGAAGAGUUCAAUGAUAUUUCUGUAACUCGCUCAAACUCUCUGCGUAGAGAGAGUCCACCAGCUGUUCCACAGAUAAAUUCAAACCAUAGCGCAUGCAGUCCUGAGGAGAAUGGCUACAGCCAUUAUUAUUUCAGACACACAUAUGAUAUUGAACCUUCAAAAGAUAUCACCACAGGGAAAUUCAAAGAACAGAGAACUCACGCAGAAGACUGGGAUAGAUUUUACACAUGUAACACCAAAGCAGCUCAACAGAAUGGCCAGGAUUUGAACAGAGCUCGGUCUGUAGAAACGUAUUAUUUAGAAGAUAAUGUACAAAAGAUGGAUUUUGGUAGAUUACUGCCAGACUACCAUGCCUACAUGGUGUCAAGGAUUAGGCCGACAGAUCACAUUGUGACAAGCAGGGAUUCCCCAGCAGCUCAAAAGUCACCAUUAGGUCACAGGAGACACCCGCAAUCUACACCUUCUCGAACUGCUUCUCAACGAGAAGCUCCUACUGAAAAGUUGGAAUAUAAAGAAAAGGACUUGGGUCCAGAGCCACAAAGGGAAGACGUAGAUAAGCGGCCAAAGUCAUCCUAUGUCACACCAACCAGCCCUCAACCAGCCAUGAGACAGAGAUCAAAAUCAGGAUCUGGACUACAGGAGCCAAGUAUGCUACACGCUGCCAGUGCAUUUAAGUCAACACGACCCACUGGACAUUCAUAUAGUUCAUACACUUACCCCAGGCUGUCUGAGACGACGGCUGUAUCAUGCAUUCCUAAGGUGGAUUAUGAAAAACCACAAAGGGGUGUAAGUCCUCACAUGACUGGGUCAGACACCUAUCCUCGAGGCCCAUCAAAACUACCUCAGUAUCCAGCGAACCCCAUCUACGCAGCAUCAAGCCAUUAUUUUUCAUCACCAUAUUCCAAAACAUCUCAGUGCCACAACACGCCUCCUCAGUCGAAUUUUCAAUAUGUUAACCAAGGUGCUUACCAGUAUCCGAGUUGGAGCUCUUCGGUACAGCAGCCCCCAACUCGCGUGUCCCACGAACAGUUCAGAGCGGCCCUGCAACUCGUGGUCAACACCGGCGACCCGCGGGAGUACCUGGAAAACUUCAUCAAGAUUGGAGAGGGCUCCACCGGCAUUGUGUGCAUCGUGUCGGAGAAGCACACUGGCAAGCAAGUGGCGGUGAAGAAAAUGGACCUCAGGAAACAGCAGAGGCGGGAACUGCUCUUCAACGAGGUUGUCAUAAUGCGCGAUUACCACCAUGAAAACGUGGUGGACAUGUACAACAGUUACCUGGUUGGAGACGAACUGUGGGUAGUUAUGGAGUUCCUGGAAGGUGGCGCUUUGACAGAUAUUGUUACACAUACAAGAAUGAAUGAAGAACAAAUAGCAACUGUUUGCUUAUCUGUUUUGAAAGCUCUAGCAUAUCUACAUUCUCAAGGUGUUAUCCAUAGGGAUAUCAAGAGUGACUCCAUACUUCUCACUAGUGAUGGAAGGAUUAAAUUGUCGGAUUUUGGGUUUUGCGCCCAAGUGUCAAAAGAAGUCCCCAGGCGGAAGUCACUAGUUGGCACACCAUACUGGAUGGCACCAGAGGUCAUCUCUAGAUUACCGUAUGGAACCGAAGUGGACAUAUGGUCUCUCGGUGUGAUGGUGAUAGAAAUGGUGGAUGGGGAGCCGCCGUACUUCAAUGAGCCACCACUUCAGGCCAUGAGGAGAAUACGAGACAAUCUUCCGCCAAGGUUAAAGGAUAUGCACAAGGCUUCAUCGGUGCUGCGGGGAUUUUUGGACUCGAUGUCAGUGAGGGAUCCUUUACAAAGGGCAUCUGCCCAGGAGUUAUUAAAACAUCCAUUCCUCAAGUUAGCCGGACCACCCUCCUGCAUUGUACCUCUCAUGAGACAAUACAGAUACCGUUGAAUGAAGUGGAUUUAAGAAUCUUAGCACAAUGUUCGUACGAAAUUUAAGCAAUUCAGGAUAGCAUCAGAAAAUGAAGAAUGAAGAAUAUUAAUAUCGAUGGCUGGACAAAAAUUUUACACAGCGAAAUAAAGUAAUUUACUAAAUCUAUUGUUCUAGGAGCUGCCUGAGCUACCAUUUUCCUAUUUUUGGAUUUACAGUGCCAUGCGUAAACAGUCAGGCAGUCGUGAGUAGUAUCUCCCAUAACGUGGCUCUGUUGGCUUUGAGUGCUGUAGUCUUGAACGUACUUUCCUUGGGAGGUCAGUUUGUCUGCCUUUCUCCAUGAGCCAGGGAUGGCAUUCACAUCAAGUUCUCUGGCUCUGACAUUGUAUUAGAUUACGGCACACUUAGGACUGAUUGAGAGAAUUUUGCUCAUUGAAAUGUGUGGGAUUUGUAUUUCUCUAAAGUUGUGACUCUUCUUUGGUAAGCACUUUUCUACCAUUCUGGCUGUGCACUGUGUUCUGGAUUGGAUUUGUACCUUACUGGGAUUUCUUUUCUGAUGAUCUAAAACAGUAUUUUGUGGUGAAGUGACUGUUGUGAUAGCAAACAGUAUUGAGAGGGGUUUUGUUUUUCCCUUGAUGUGGGAGGGGUGGGUUAGGAACUUUAUAAACAAAUAAGCAAUGAGUUGCAGAACAUAACAGACUUGUUCAAAAUAUUACUGAAACAGUUUGUUUCUGACCUGAGGCACUAAUGAACCUGUUCAAUUUGAUAAAGUAACAGUUUUGUUUAAUCACGUGUUAUUUAAUGACUUUUUAAAAUAUUUUUGCUGCUUUCUACUCGUAAGUGAAUGUUUAUUUCAUUAAUCUAAAUGUGAUGUUUGUGAUGCGUGAUUGCAUGUUUUAACAGUCAUGCAGAGUUUGAUGGGAAAUUAGUAAGCUAUAGUGCGGCGUGGAGUGAAAUAUGUGCGUCCCUAUAGAUGAAAUAAAUGAUGCUGGUUAUUUAUUAAAAAUAAAUGUCUUUAUUUUGAAGUCCAA